CACGCAGCAUCCCUACACUUUAUCCAGUUUUCCACACAGAAAACACAUUCAAAACUGCUCCCAAUUGACUUUAUUUAGCAUGUGAUAACCGUGUGCAUCUAUAUCUAGAAGAAAAAUACAAAUAUACAGUGAAAAUGCAACUGAAACAUUUGGUUACCAUCGGUGUGAAUUUGUUAUUGUUACAAGCGGGUGCCGUAUCAGCGCAGCUUUUGCCCAUAGAAAAAAUUGUUGUUGGUGCGAUCUUCGAUCAAAAUACGGAGGAAAUCCAGAAUGUGUUUCGAUACGCAAUGACAGUUCACAACCAAAACAUCAGCAGCCGACGGCUCGAGUUACAGGCGUAUGUCGACGUGAUCAACACUGCCGACGCAUUCAAGCUAUCACGCCUGAUAUGCAACCAAUUCGCGCGUGGAGUGUUUGCGAUGCUGGGCGCCGUCACACCCGAGUCUUUUGACACGCUACAUUCAUACACCAACACGUUUCAAAUGCCUUUCGUCACUCCGUGGUUUCCAGAAAAGGUCAUUCCUCCGUCGUCUGGCUUGAUCGACCACGCUGUGAGCAUGAGGCCGGACUACCACAAAGCAAUCGUGGAUACAAUCGUACAUUAUGGAUGGAAGGAAAUCAUUUACGUAUACGACUCUCAUGACGGGUUGCUGCGCUUGCAACAGCUGUACCAAUCUAUGCAGCCAGGCCGCACUGCGUUCCGAAUCUCACUUGUGAAGCGAAUCAAUAACGCAUCAGACGCUAUGGAAUUCUUGUUGGCUUUGGAACAACACGACCGCUGGGGCAACAAACGCAUAGUGCUGGAUUGCAACACGAAAAAUGCGAAAAACAUCCUGCUCGGCCACGUCCGAAAAGUACAAUUGGGCCGGCGGACCUACCACUACAUGCUCAGUGGGCUGGUUAUGGAUGAUCACUGGGAAAACGAAGUUACGGAGUAUGGAGCAGUCAAUAUAACAGGGUUUCGCAUCGUCGACCACUCGCGCAAGAUUGUACGCGAUUUCAUGGACGGUUUGCGACGAAUGGACCCACGGUUCAAGGGGACCAUAUCGGCACAAACAGCGCUGAUGUACGACGGUGUCCAAGUCCUCAUGGAUGCAUUAGGCAGGCUCUGGAGAAAGAAACCUGACGCCUUCAGAAGCGCGCUCCGUAGAGCGGCCGGUCAAGCGAACUCUACUAAAGUCAUCGACUGCAAUCCUGGCAAAAGUUGGGUGGUGCCUUUUGAGCAUGGCGAUAAAAUUUCAAGGCUUAUUAAAAAGACCGACAUAGAAGGCUUAACUGGGAAUAUCUCAUUCAAUGAAGAAGGACAUCGGCACAACUUCUCUUUGCAAGUAGUAGAAAUGACAGUACAAAGCGCGAUGCUACAGGUUGCUACGUGGUCAGAUACCCAUGGCCUUGUAUUAGUUCAACCUAAGUACGUGCAACUUCGAUCACCGGCCUCCUAUGAUACAAAUAAAACUUACGUAGUCACAACAAUCAUCCAGGAGCCUUACAUGAUGCAAAAAACAACAGAAUACGUGUACAAGGACGAACCAUUGCAUGGAUUUUGCAAAGACUUGGCCGAUCUUAUUGCGAAGAGAAUGGGCAUUAAGUAUGAACUAAGACUUGUAAAAGAUGGCAAAUAUGGAACCGAAAGUCCUACGGGAGCAUGGUCUGGUCUCGUUGGCGAAAUUUUAAGAAAGGAAGCUGAUAUUAGUAUAGCGCCUCUCGCUAUCACGCCAGAUCGGGAAAGAGUGGUGGAUUUCAGUGAGCCCUUCUUAUCAAUCGAUUCCCCUGUUACACACAAGAAAGUGCCAAAACAAUUAUCUGAUACGUUCAGCUUCCUCAAACCGCUAUCCAAAGAAAUAUGGUUGUGCGUCCUUUUCAGCUUUUUUGCUGUAAGCAUCGUCCUGUUUUUAGUAUCAAGAUUUUCACCCCACGAAUGGCGUUCCGUCUCUAUCUCUGAAACUCAGUUAGACCAUCCUAUUAGUAGCACUAAUGAGAUAAUUCUUCACAACGAAUUCAGCAUUUGGAACUCAUUUUGGUUCUCCCUCGGAUCCUUUAUGCAGCAAGGCAGUGACGUCGUGCCGAGGUCUUUGUCCGGAAGAAUAGUGGGCACGGUAUGGUGGUUCUUUGCACUCAUUCUGGUAUGUUCAUACACGGCCAAUCUGGCUGCCUACCUGAUUGUCGAGCGCAUAGCCGAGCCAGCCCAGGCCCUGCACUACCCGUCGAAUAUGGCGCACUCAGAAAACCACAUACUAUCGUGGGGGAAUUUGGUGAAGGAUUCUAUGGUAAUUGAAGAGGGCAUUAUGUCUCCGUAUCCAGCGUAUAAGGAGGGCCCGUUCGCCUGCGACGCGUUGUCUCGUGUUUGCCAUUAUAAGCACAUUAAUUUUGCCGUUGCCACGGCAAAAGGAUCUCCUCUGAGGGAAGGAAUCAACUUGGCCAUCGUAAAUUUGAAGAAGGAAGGAGUCAUAACGAAGCUUUGGCGUAAAUGGGUGAUGAACGCUAAACAAUCGGACUGCGACGCUGUAAAAGAUGAAGAGGCUUCAAUUACGGAGAUGACAUUGGGCCAAGUCGCGGGCAUAUUCUACGUGCUAGUGGGUGGAUUGGCUCUAGCGUUGACUGUGGCUCUGCUAGAGUUUUGUCAGCAUGGUCGAGCUGAAGCGGCGCGAGCUAACGUUCCGUUGCGCGCCGCGUUACGCGCUAAGGCAAGGAUGGCUUCGCGAACCGAUCGCAAGACUCCAAUACAACGCACACCGCAGAGAGACCAUGAUCGCCUCGGAUGGAAUGGCGCUGCUUUUGCUGGGUACUUCACUGCCGGCACUCAGAUCGCCCAAGAAGACACGGUCCACGCCAAUUUUACCCACGUCUGAUCCGCGGAGAAGGGCGGCGGCGUCAACGUGCGCCGGACGUCCAUCACCAAGCAACCCAACAACGUAGAUCUGUACCAACUUUAAUACUUAUUUGUUUGUUUCAAGGUCCAGAUUACAGUAGCAAGAAACAUCUGAAAGGCGUAUGAUCUGACAUGUUUUGCCACUUGGAUGAAAUAAAUACAAAACUGAAAAUAUCACGACAUAAAUGAACCAUUGGAAUUGAAAUUCACACGAGAAGUUGUGUUACCAAUUUAAGAGAGAUGCCACUUGGGCGUUAACGUUGC